AUGCCGGGUUAUCAUCUAAUUGAUGAACCAAAUUCCUUUGGCAACACUGCACUUCACAUUGCCUGUUACAUGGGCCAGGAUGCCGUGGCGAAUGAACUGGUCAACUACGGCGCCAAUGUCAAUCAGCCCAAUGAAAAGGGCUUUACCCCCCUGCACUUUGCUGCCGUCUCCACCAACGGAGCCCUGUGUCUGGAACUUCUUGUCAAUAAUGGAGCUGAUGUGAACUUUCAGAGUAAAGAAGGGAAGAGUCCUUUGCACAUGGCUGCCAUUCAUGGACGGUUUACACGCUCUCAGAUUCUUAUACAAAAUGGCAGUGAGAUUGACUGCGCUGAUAAAUAUGGCAAUACCCCCCUUCACGUUGCUGCUAGAUAUGGCCACGAGCUGCUAAUUAGUACUUUGAUGACGAAUGGUGCUGACACUGCAAGGCGUGGGAUCCAUGACAUGUUCCCUCUGCACUUAGCUGUUCUCUUUGGAUUCUCAGACUGUUGUCGUAAGCUACUUUCCUCAGGUCAGUUGUACAGCAUUGUCUCCUCACUCAGCAACGAGCAUGUGCUGUCUGCAGGCUUUGAUAUCAAUACGCCAGAUAACCUCGGGAGGACCUGCCUCCAUGCUGCUGCUUCCGGAGGGAAUGUUGAAUGUCUUAACUUGCUGUUGAGCAGCGGAGCUGACUUGAGGAGGAGAGAUAAGUUUGGAAGGACUCCUUUGCACUAUGCAGCCGCGAAUGGCAGCUAUCAGUGUACAGUGACAUUAGUCACUGCCGGAGCCAGUAUUAAUGAAGCUGACUGUAAAGGCUGCACCCCCUUACAUUAUGCUGCUGCUUCAGACACUUACAGGAGAGCUGAGACUCAUUCAGGAAACAGCCAUGACACUGAUGAAGAGCCACUGAAAGAGUCACGACUGAAGGAGGCCAUCUUUUGUUUAGAGUUCUUAUUGGAUAAUGGUGCUGACCCCUCUCUCCGAGACAAACAGGGAUACACUGCUGUCCAUUACGCAGCUGCCUAUGGCAACCGACAGAACCUUGAGUUGCUCCUGGAAAUGUCGUUUAACUGCCUGGACGAUGUGGAAAGCACCAUUCCAGUCAGCCCUUUGCACUUAGCUGCCUAUAAUGGUCACUGUGAAGCCCUGAAGACGCUUGCCGAAACCCUGGUGAACCUGGAUGUGCGGGACCACAAAGGGCGGACGGCUUUGUAUCUUGCCACGGAGGGCUCUACGGAGUGCGUGGAGGUGCUCACCAGCCAUGGUGCUUCUGCUCUUGUGAAGGAGAAAAAGAAGAAGUGGACACCCCUCCAUGCUGCUGCUGCCUAUGGGAACACAGAUUCCCUGCAUCUUCUCAUUGAUAGUGGGGAGAGAGUCGACAUCACUGAUGUCAUGGACAUCCAUGGACAGACCCCAUUGAUGUUGGCAAUCAUGAAUGGCCAUGUAGAUUGUGUCCAUCUCUUACUAGAGAAGGGAUCCACAGUGGACGCAGCAGACAGAAGAGGCAGGACCGCACUGCACCGAGGGGCUGUUACUGGCUGUGAAGACUGCCUUGCAGCACUGCUGGACCAUGAUGCCUUUGUAUUGUGUCGGGAUUUCAAGGGCCGGACCCCGAUUCAUUUUGCCUCGGUGUGUGGGCAUUCUGAAAUCCUGAGGACCUUGCUGCAGGCAGCCUCUACUGACCCUCUGGACUCUGUAGUGGACUAUAGUGGCUAUUCACCAAUGCACUGGGCUUCAUACAGUGGGCAUGAAGAUUGUCUUGAAUUGUUACUUGAACACAAUCCAUUUGCAUACCUAGAAGGAAACCCCUUUACUCCAUUGCACUGUGCAGUAAUUAACAACCAGGAUGGCACUGCUGAGAUGCUUGUUGAAGCAUUGGGUGCCAAGAUUGUUAAUAGCAGAGAUGCCAAAGGAAGGACCCCCCUUCACGCUGCUGCCUUUGCAGACAACAUCCAUGGUUUACAAUUGCUUUUGCAACACCAGGCUGAGGUAGAUGGAACUGACCAAUUGGGGAGGACCCCUCUUAUGAUGGCUGCUGAAAAUGGCCAGACGGCAGCAGUUGAGUUCCUGCUGUACAGAGCAAAAGCAGAUCUAACUGUGCUGGAUGUCAACAAGAACACAGCUCUUCACCUGGCCUGCAGUAAGGGUCAUGAAAAGUGUGCCUUGUUGAUUCUGGGGGAAACCCAAGACCUUGGCCUUAUCAAUGCAACAAACAGUGCUCUACAGAUGCCACUCCAUAUUGCAGCUCGAAACGGAUUGGCCUCUGUUGUCCAGGCUCUGCUGAGCAGAGGUGCCACUGUGCUUGCUGUGGAUGAAGAAGGCCAUACCCCAGCCUUGGCUUGCCCCAACAAAGACGUUGCUGACUGCCUGGCACUUAUCCUUUCCACCAUGAAGCCUUUUCCACCUAAAGACGCCAUCAGCCCUUUCAGCUUCAACCUCCUCAAGAACUGCGGCAUUGCUGCCAAGACAGCCGCCUGCAGCUCCCUGCCCAACGGGAACAGCUGCCCUUACACCAAGGAUAGGCACAAUGCCAUCGGCUUAGAUGGCUGUUAUUCGGAAUAGCUUAAAAAAAAAACAAUGAUGGGUGAUCUAGUAUCUCUUCUAUUUAUUUAGGAAUUCUAUCAAUAUAGGACACU